AUGGACGGCUCCGGCAACGGCCGCAAGAAGCUCAAGCACCGCCUCGCCGCCAUCCUCUCCGUCUUCUCCCGCCGCUCGGGCGGCAGGAAGCGCCGGGAUGAGGCGGCCGCGCCGCCGCCGCUGGCAUUGCCCUCCUACGGCCGCUUAGGAGCGGGCGGCAACGGCAAGAAGGUGGGCGGGCAGCACGACCGCCGCCUCUCCGUCUCGGCGCGGCGCGCCAUCCCGCUGAUCCGCAUCACCAUCGACUGCGCCGGCCGCCGCUCCGUCGACGCCGCCGACCCGUCCCUCCUCGCGCCGCUCGACGCCGACGCCAACGCCAAGAAGAUGGAGACCAGCGAGUGGGAGGGCCGCCAGUGCCCGCCCUCCUCCCCCUUCCCCGUCGCGCCCCUGCCACCGCUGCCAAAGUGGACCAAGGAGCGGGCCAGCACCACCACCCGCCGGCUCUCCACGCACUCCUCCCGCAGCAGGCUCCUGAUGAGCAGCUCCUCAUCCGACGACGAGUACGACGAGCACUCCUCGCGCAACCUCUUCUCCUCGCGGAGCUUCUCAUCCGACUCCUCCGACUUCUACAACUGCCCGCGCAAGAACACCGGCGCCACCACCAGAGCGCGCGCCUCCGUGUCCGGCCCGCCGUGCCGCGCCAGCGCGCGCCGUGGAUCGUCGCAGAGCUGCCGCUACAGCUUCGAGCUGCCCCGCGGGUCCACGGCGUCCGCGGCGACCGACGGCGGGUUCGCCGUCGUCAAGCGCUCCGCGGACCCGUACGAGGACUUCCGCAGGUCCAUGGAGGAGAUGAUCGCCGAAGGCGGUCACGGCCUCGAAGGCGAGGAGCAGGACGCGGAGGGGCUCCUCGAGACGUACCUCGUGCUCAACUCGCCGCGGCACUACCCGGCCAUCCUCGCCGCCUUCGCCGACGUGCGGGAGACGCUCUGCCCCUCAACUCCAUUCGAUCGGCUGUGA